UGUGUGCAUGUAUGUGUGCAUAUGUGUGUGUGUGUGUGUGUGUGUGUGUGUGUGUGUGUGUGUGUGUGUGUGUGUGUGUGUGUGUGUGUGUGUGUGUGUGUGUGGAUGGGUGGGUGUGUGUGUGUGUGUGUGUGUGUGUGUGUGUGUGUGUGUGUGUGUGUGUGUGUGUGUGUGUGUGUGUGUGUGUGUGUGUGUGUCUGUGUGUGUGUGUGUGUGUGUGUGUGUGUGGAUGGGUGGGUGUGUGUGAGAGUGUGUGUGUGUCUUUAGACUGAGUAGAUACGAGCACAUGCUGACACUAACGUGGAUAUUAAUAAGGAUUAUCUUAACUUCACGCCACCACGUAUCAGUGUUGCUGUUGGAGAUGUUUUCUUCUAUGGUUGUGGCCGUGCUGGGUUUCUUCUGCUUCAGCUUGGAGAGCAAUGCGUCUCCUCUGAGACCUCCGCUGCUCUACGGACCCGACGUAGCACUGGACGGACACGUCGUUGAGUUUGGGUGUCGGGUGCUCCGCCCCCCAGGAGAGCCACUCCUCCUGCAGCUGUUCAGGCAGGGGCUCCGCUCCAGGGCCCUGGCUUUCUACACCUCCCUGGACGGCAGCCCGGCCGUCUUCCCCAUGGUGGUCCGACGCGCCUCCCACGAGGGGAACCUGGAGUGUGUGGCCAGCGUGCAGAACAACUCCCGGAUCCAGCCCUCCGUCAGCCCACCGCAUCGCCUCAAGGUCCUGGUGCCCGUGGGCGGAGCCACGCUCGCCAUCCGGUCCCGGGAGGAGGAGUUCUUUGAGGGGGAGCGUCUGGUUCUGAGCUGUAACGUGACGUCAGGGAACUACGUCUCCUACAGCUGGCUGCUGGACGACCAGCCCCCCCCCGGCCCCACCCCCCAGCCUGGCCCCGCCCCCCAGCCUGGCCCCGCCCCCCACCACACCCACCAGGACCUCCUCAUCCCCAGAGCUGGACCGCAGCACUCUGGGAGCUACGUCUGUGUCGCCUCCAACCGAUACAACGACACCGAGGUCUACCGCGCGGCCAGCCCCAAGGUCAUGAUCACAGUCAAAGAGUUGGCCUCCCGCCCUGACCUCUCCUACGCCGUGGAGAAGCAGAACCAGACCUUCUCGGUGCGGGUCACCUGCCUGUCCAGCAGAGGGACCCCCCCGAUCACCUUCUCCCUCCUGGGGGGCGCCGUGCUCCUGGCCCGGCAGACCUCCGAGCAGGGUCCGAGCGCCUCCUUCAGCGUGCCCCUGGUCCCGGACGCCCCGCCCCGAGGGCUGCGCUGCCGGGCCGAGAACGGGGGGCGGGUCGCGGACGGGACGGAGACGGCCGUACACGUGGCGCCGGUGGGCGGGCCGGUGACCCUGAGCUAUGAGUACAUCACGGCGGAGGACUUCUCCGUGACCGCGGUGACGUUCUUCUGCCGGGUGGCCAAGGGGAGCCACGCCCGCUUCCAGUGGUUCCUCAACGGCAGCCUGCUGGGCCCAGACGCGCCGGCCUUCUACACCCUGCUGCAGCCGUCCGCCCGGCAGUCUGUCCUCCUGCUGCCCGUGGACAGACGGAGCUCCGGGACGUACCACUGCCGGGUGUCAGACCUCUACGACAACACGACGGGGGUCCAGAGCGGGAAGCUGUACCUAGACAGAGAAGGUGAACGCUGGUCUGUGCCUAGACAGAGAAGUGCUGAACCGCCUCUCCAGCGCGGUCGUCGCGGUGGUCUUCAGCUGCUUUGGUCUGGUGAUCGCCUGCGUCUCCGCCUGUUGCUGCGCUGGACUGAUCUGCAGUGGACCUCCGAGGUGAAGGGCGUGGUCCUGGCCUUUGAAGAGGAUCUGGACUGGGAGGAGUACCGAGAGCGGGCUGAGGGCCUGACCGCCGCCGGACUGGAGUCUGAUCUGCAGGAGGCCCUGGGCUCAGAGGAGGAGGAGGAGCAGCGGCCGGAGAACCGGGAGACCCAGAGGAGAACACGGAGCGAUGAGGAGAACACGGAGCCAUGAGGAGGAGAACACGGAGCCAUGAGGAGGAGAACACAGAGCCAUGAGGAGGAGAACACGGAGCCAUGAGGAGGAGAACACGGAGCGAUGAGGAGAACACGGAGCGAUGAGGAGGAGAACACGGAGCGAUGAGGAGAACACGGAGCGAUGAGGAGAACACAGAGCGAUGAGGAGAAGAACACGGAGCCAUGAGGAGGAGAACACAGAGCCAUGAGGAGGAGAACACGGAGCCAUGAGGAGGAGAACACGGAGCGAUGAGGAGAACACAGAGCCAUGAGGAGGAGAACACGGAGCGAUGAGGAGGAGAACACGGAGCGAUGAGGAGAACACGGAGCGAUGAGGAGGAGAACACGGAGCGAUGAGGAGGAGAACACGGAGCGAUGAGGAGGAGAACACGGAGCGAUGAGGAGGAGAACACGGAGCAAUGAGGAGAACACGGAGCGAUGAGGAGAACACGGAGCGAUGAGGAGAACACGGAGCGAUGAGGAGGAGAACACGGAGCGAUGAGGAGAACACGGAGCGAUGAGGAGAACACAGAGCGAUGAGGAGGAGAACGCAGGAGGAGCAGCCAGAGAACCGGGGAACCAGAGCUGAACAGCGCUGGUCUGAACAGAACUCUCAACUGGUCGGUUUUGGAUCAGAAAACAUCUGUCAUCUGAUAUAAGGAUCCCCGGUCAUAACCAACAGCUUUAAUGUAUGACAUAAUAAUAAUAUAGAUAAAAUAACUUAAAGAACA